AUGCGCGGAGCGGAGGGAGCAAGCUCCGGGUCCAACUCCCGCGCCCAAAAAUCCCGUCUCCCCUCUGGCGCCCGAAACACCGAACCGCCCCGAACCGAACCCGGGAGCCCCAAACCGCCCCGAAGAGUCCCGAACCGAACCCGGGAGCCCCGAACCGCCCUGAACGGACCCCCAGAGUCUCCCCUCUGGCGCCCGAAACACCGAACCGCCCCGAACCGAACCCGGGAGCCCCGAACCCACCUUGCGAUCCCCGAACCGAUCCCCAGGAGCCCCGAACCGUCCCGAGGCAGCCCCGAACCUCCACCCGAAGCCCCGAACCGGCACCGGAAAGUGCCGAACCGCCACCAAGAGCCCCGAACCGCCCCGAACGGACCCCGGGAGAACCGAACCGACCCCCGGGGAGCCCCGAACCGGCCCGAAGGUCCGCGAACCAGCCCCGGGAGCCCCGAACCAGCCCCGGAAAGUGCCGAACCGCCCCAAACGGACCCCGGGAGAUCCGAACCUAACUCCGGGGAGCCCCGAACCGCCAUCCAAAGUCCUGAACCACGCCCCGGGCAGCCCCGAACCGGCCCGAAGAUCCCCGAACCAGCCCCUGGGAGCCCCGAACCGCCACCUGAAGCCCCGAACCAGCACCGGAAAGUGCCGAACCGCCACGAAGAGCCCCGAACGGACCCCCAGGAGGCCCGAACCGGCCCGAAGAGCCCCGAAGAGCCCCGAACUGACCCGAACCGAACCCAGGAGCCCCAAACCGCCCCCGAACCGACCCCCAGGAGCCCCGAACUGCCCCCGGGAGCCCCCAAACGACCCCAGGCGCCCCGAAGAUCCCCGAACGGCUCCGGAAGCUUCCAGAUUAAUGGCAGGGUCUACACCUGUGCUGCUCAG